AUGAAUAAUCCCAUGAACUUUACGAAUGCUUUGGAAAACAUGGUAGCUGCUACGCAGGCAAUGGCUGAGGUGAAGCUCAGUAUUGGUGGCAGGGGACCCGAUGCCUUCUGCAGCGAGAUAAUGUUGCAAUCCCUUAGGAUGUAUUCCAAUCCGAGUUUUAUAAGAAGUGCUCCGGGGGAUUUUAAAGAAUGGAAAUACAUAAAAUAUGAAGGUGGUCUGCAGAGUGACAUCCUGAGUAUAGUGGGCCCGAUGGAGAUAAUAGUUUUCUCUAAACUGGUAAAUAAGAGUCGAGUUGCUGAGGAUUGUGUGAGAAAGGUAGCAUUGAACAAGGGUGAUCAUCGAGCUUUUGUUAGGAGAGAUCAAUGGAGGAAUUUUGUGCCUAGAGGACAGAAUUUCAAGCAAGGAAGUUAUGUUCCACAACAACAUCUGGGUCAGAAUAGCUUCCGGAGAUUCAAUAAUAACAACAACCUGGAAAGAGGCAAAGGAAAGCAGAUUCAGAAUCCUCCCAAUAACUUGACAUGUAGGAGAUGUGGGGCAUAUCAUCCGAACACUUCGUGCAGAGCUAGACUGGGUGUAUAUUACUACUGUGGUAGAGCCAGACAUCUAACCUGGAAUUGUCCAGAGAGAAAAAGACAGGAAGCUGAGAGAGUUCAACAGCAGGGACGUGUGUUUACCAUGACAGCGGAUGAUGCUGAAAGAUCAGACACUCUUAUUAAAGAUAAUUGUGAAAUCGGUGGUAAAAUCUUAAUUGCUUUUUUUGAUACUGGGGUAUCACAUUCGUUUAUAUCGUUUGAGAAAGAUAGUGAGUUAGGAUUGAAGAUAACCAUGUUAGCCUAUGAUUUGCAAGUAUAUACUUUUAUCUCUGAGGCUGUUGUAACAAGAUUAGACUGUCAACAAGUUUCAUUCUGA